AUGAAGUCGCUAUUGCCUUUGAUUCUUGUAACUUUUAUUCUGCAAGCAUGCGUUGCUGCUCCAGAGGGUAAUUCCGCAAAAAAAACUGAUCGUAUUUCGGAACUGAAGAAUGAUAAACUCAUUAUGGCAAUUAACAAGUUCCUCAAAAGCUUGGACCUCGAGCAAAUUUUCCGAGAGUUCUUCAGCCUGAAUCAAGGUCAAAUUUUGAUUAAAUUAAAUCAGAUUAGAAAUGGGUUGAACAUGAAUGGAGACGAUAUCAAUAUGAUGGUGAGCAAAAUCGCAAGUGCUUUGGAGACCUACACGAUUAAAGACUUGGCAAAUCUCAACGAGGCUGAAAUCGUUUCGAUAGUUGAAAAAAUGGUCAAUCGAAUCCGAUCUUACCAGGAUAUGAUCUUCGGAAAAAUUUUCGCUAUAGCCGACGAGCUGGGAGUUGAGAAAUCUAAGGCCUUCGAAUGUGUUUCCAAUUUGGUUGAUAUAAUCAAUAUUUUGUCGGAACCCAACAAAGUGGAGGAGGUCGUGAAAAAAUACAAGGAUGAAAUCAUUGCGGUAAUGAAUAGAUUUGUCGAAAUUGUUCAGGUGUACGACUUAGAACCAAUGGUUAAAUCAAUUCUUGACGUCAUGAAGGAAGCAUCUUCCAAAGAACGAUUUUAA